AUGGAUGCAUUGAUACAAUAUUUUUACACAGUAAAUGGUCAAGCUUCAUUUACAUUCUCUGCGUUAUCUCUACAACCUCCAGUAUCAUCAGUUGGUUCAAAUGCCACUGCUACUUGUAAUGUAACUUACACUGGAAGUACAGCAAUUACAUUAACUUGGCAAAUAGAUUCUGUUGCUGUUCAAAUAUACCAGAUCCAACAUGCCCAACCUCCACAACUCGCCCCUAAACCCACUUCUGGUUUUGAUACGUCACCAAGCACAACAACAUCCAUUGUUAACACUGGUGACACUUUUCCCAUGAGCCUUGAAAUCAGGAAUGUUAGUUUGACUAUCAAUCAAUCAACAAUUUCUCUCGGUUGUUCAGCACCAGGUUGCAACACUCAAGCUCCUUUACAAAUUGGAGGUAUGAAUAUGGAUGUUGUUUAUGCUACAAGCGUAGUUUAAUCUUUUGCUUGAUUGGUAACCCCUGGAGUCUUGACCAAGUACAUCUUGUACAAUAAGAACAGUUGCAAAGAAUAUGAAUUA